UACUGAAAACUAAUACAAUUCAUUAUCGAAAGUAGAGUAUAUAUAGCUGUAAAAUCAGUAGCACAUCCGCCUACAUGUUGUGUUAUCCGUGAGUCCAUCAGCAGCAUUGUCCCUGGCUACAGUACCACCACCACCACCUCCACUAUUACUACUACUACCACCAUUGCUGCUGCUGCAACUGUUGCUGGUGCUGCAACCAUCACUACGCCUGCCAAUACUGGAAUAGUGGAUAGUGCAUUCCUCUCUUCUGCAAACCGAAUAAUUGAGAGAGAAAGAGGGAGAGAGAGAGAGGAUAUUGAGAACAAUAGGAUCAAGGUGAACUGGGAGAGACACAACAGAAAAUUGUGGCGAAAAACUACCCGAAAGAGGAAAAUAUAAACAAGGAAAGCAAUCUUAAGCAAGGCUGUAUUUUUGGGAGUAGAAGAUAGCUGAUUCUUUCACAAAACAUCAACGAAGACAACAUUUCCUGGAUAAAUUUUACAUGAUCACCAUGGUUUCCUUCAACUGAUCUUGUCAUUAUACUAUAAUAAGACUUGACAAUCACUGAGCGGCUUCAAACACAUUAAGGCUACAACAAUGGCUGUACAUAUUGCUGGGAUUUUAGCUAUUGUUGUUUUCUACCUUGGAAUCUUGUUUGUAGGAAUAUGGGCUGGUCGCAAGUCCAAACAAACAGGUUCACAAGCUGACAGUGAUGAUGUGAUGUUAGCAGGGCGGAAUUUAGGGAUGCUUGUUGGAAUAUUUACUAUGACAGCAACAUGGGUUGGAGGUGCCUACAUCAAUGGAACAGCUGAAAUUAUCGUUCGUGAUGGAUUAUUCUGGUGCCAGGCACCUAUUGGAUAUGCCCUGAGUCUUAUCUUUGGUGGUCUUUUCUUUGCUGAAAAAAUGCGUACACAGGGUUACGUUACCAUGUUAGACCCUUUCCAGAUUAAAUAUGGUGAGCGAAUGGGUGGUUUGUUGUAUUUGCCAGCCCUUCUUGGAGAAGUGUUUUGGUCAGCUGCAGUACUUUCAGCUCUUGGUGCCACCUUGGCAGUAAUUCUUGAGCUUGAUACAAACAUUUCCAUCAUUGUCUCAGCUUGUAUUGCCAUAUUCUACACACUUUUUGGUGGACUCUAUUCAGUCGCCUAUACAGAUGUGCUCCAACUGUUUUUCAUCUUUUUGGGCCUGUGGAUUUCUCUUCCUUUUGCCAUGACCCAUAAAGCAGCUCACAACAUUGCAAUUAAUGCCACAACUAACUGGAUUAAAAGUGUUGAUGCCAAAUAUAUUGGCAGUUAUACUGACAGCUAUCUCUUACUGAUAUUUGGAGGAAUUCCUUGGCAGGCUUAUUUCCAACGUGUACUAUCAUCCAAGUCUGCAUUUAAAGCAAAAAUGCUGUCAUAUAUUGCAGCUUUUGGGUGCAUCAUUAUGGCUCUCCCUGCAAUCCUCUUUGGUGCUGUCGCUGCCUCCACAGACUGGAACCAGACUGAAUAUGGACAUGCUCCAGAAGGAAAGAACUUAAAACUUGUCUUGCCUCUCUGUUUGCAGUAUAUGUGUCCUGAUUUCGUUUCAUUUUUCGGUUUAGGAGCUAUAUCUGCUGCUGUCAUGUCUUCAGCAGAUUCUUCUAUUCUUUCAGCAGCUUCCAUGUUUGCUCGGAAUGUAUAUAAGCUAAUCUUUCGCCAAAAAGCAUCGGAUCAAGAAAUCCUUUGGGUGAUGCGUGUAGCUAUAUUUGGUGUUGGUGUGCUCGCAACUGCAAUGGCAUUAAAGGUGACAUCGGUCUAUGAUCUUUGGUAUCUUUGCUCCGAUUUUGUCUACGUGAUAUUGUUCCCCCAACUUGUGACUGUUGUGUAUUUAGAGUGGGCAAACACGUAUGGAUCGUUAGCUGGCUAUAUAGUUGGCAUAUUCAUGCGCCUUUCAGGUGGGGAACCCACACUUUUUAUUGAACCCAUCAUUUUUUAUCCUUUCUAUGAUGAGGAUGAACAACUUCAAAUGUUUCCAUUCAAAACCUUAGCCAUGUUUCUUUCUCUUGGAACAAUAGUGGGUGUUUCAUACAUAUUCAAAUACCUCUUUGAGAAUGCCCAUCUACCACGGCGCUAUGACGUUUUCAUGUGCAUUGUCAACAUACCAGAUGAAGUUAUUGCCCUCGCCAUGAGAGAACCAGCCAAUGAACUGACAGCAAUUACACCAACACUAGAAAUGAAUGGUAAAAUUAACCCAGCACUGAAGAUAUCACAAGAGGAUCUGGGUGUUAAAGAGCAUGUUAACUAUGGAUACAUUGGAACAACAUCAGAUCCUACUCUUGGAUCAAAUGGUUAACCAUAUUGGAAGUUACAUAGUCAAUAUACCCUGGUUUAGAACAAAUGAACAAAAGCCAUUGCAAUAACCCUCAAAACAAACCAGUGAUGAUGGCCAAUGUGGCAAUGUCUUUGAAAACGAUCAAUGACAUUACUAUAAACAUGCUACUUUUUAGAAAAGGGAGACAGUCUUUUAAAUAUAUGUUCAGAAUAUUGUUAUCAUUGUUGAUGUUGUUGAUAAUACUGCUAUGUUUAUUUCUUUAUUUAGUAAAAUGACAUUGUUCUUUUUUGAAUCAACCCACCGACAAAAUAAUAUUAGAGGAGGACAAAAUGUCCAUGUGGAUAAAAAAAAAUUGAAUCAUGUGUGUUUUAUCAUGGGGUAGGGUUUAUUAAUGAACCAACCAUGUGAUCUAUGGGGAACCAACCAAAUCCACCUCUGCUUGUUCCAACACAUUGGUUAAAAAAUAUAUAUUUGGUUUUAUUAGCAAUAUUUGGUUCUCCAUGAUUUAUUACAAUGUUCUUUUCAAAUCUUGAUGUACAUAGUCAAGAGACAUUUUACUAAAGUGAGAAAUGGUUGGAUUUAUUUUCCUAGUUUUUUUCCCUUUUUAUGUAUCUUGCCUUUUUUUUAAGAAAACUCAUUCAUACAAACAUUAAUUAUGUAUUUCUAACUUAUUAUUUCAUGAAACAUUACAGUGUUAAAGGAAUCUUAUAAAUGUUUACAUCUAAUCUGUUGGCAUUGAUAUUUGUAUUACAAAAUGAAUGUUAACAUCUGGUAUGCAAAUGUUUAGAUCUUGUUACAUCUGGGUCCAAAAGUGUUUCUCAGUUUCUCAGUUAAUAUUAAUGUUAAUGUUAGGUGAUUUUGUUGAUGUUGC